AUGUCGGAAGGGGUGCUUUGUGAUGGAAAUAAGGCUGCGAAAACAGCUAAGCCCAGAGAGGAGCCAGAAGUGUGCUGGGAGGAAAUGUAUAGAAAUGAUAGUAGGAAAUGGAUUUUAAGGGACGGAACGACAACGGGUUCAGUAAAAGUUUCAACGGUGAAGGACUCCUAUCGUUUUCCAGAAGAGAAAUCCCUGUCUCCACUUUUAGGUCGACGUGCGCGGAUCAUACGUGAACAGUUUUUAAAGGAAGCCGAGCAAGAGGUUCAGAUGGAAUCAAACAAGCCGCCUGAAAUUGAAGACUACAUAACAUCGUACGAUUGCGAUUAUCGUACCACUAUCCCCGGCUUCGUUCCGCAAUACGAAAUCAAGAAGAAUCCCGAGUUGUUCUGUAAGUAUCCGCUGUACGCAUCUCACGGGAUGACUUACUGGAGAUUCCAACACGAAAAGGGUUUCGGCAAUCCCACGCAGAUACCUGGUCAAACUGUUGCAAACAACAUCGACAAUCCUUUCAAAAGGAACUCCAAUUUUAGUAAACCCAUUACAGAGAAAGACGGGGAUGUUUCGCACUGAUUUCAUAAAAUAGUAUAGUUCCCAAUAAUAUAAAUAUACAAGGUAUUAUAUUGAUAUGUAUUGUAUUC